AUUGUUGACUUGAUUAUGGUAACUUGAAGGUCUUUCUAGGACACACACAAAAAAAAUUGAAUUUCCAACUCUUCAUCAUUUAAAUCCCGCCCAUGAUUCCUUAAUUUCAUGGUAAUUAUUCAACUUACAUAAAAAUACAAUAAUCCUAUUUACAUGAUAAAUUUUCUCGAAACUCCUUCUAUGGUUUGUUGAUGAUUUCAUGAUACAUAAAUAGUAUCCUAAAAAAGUAGAGGAUGAUGAUGGUUGGGUUAGUUGUGUUUUUGAAUCAAAAGGAUAAUCAUGGUUUGUUGUUAUUGCUCAAAAAAACAUGGAACUGUGAGCAACAGACCGCGCCUGUGGUCGUCACAAACCAACAUCCGAAGCAAAGACAAAGAUGUACCGUAUUUUGCCGCGAUGAACAGCACGGAAGAGAUUUCGGUCUACAAAAGCCCGCAAGAGUUUUACGUUUCGCCCACUUUUUCGAAACGGUCCACCCUGGGCCACAGUUAUGAAUUUCCAGAAAAACAGGCUAAAAAGGAGAAAAAAUGGUCUAUUGGUAGUUUGUUUAGACGAAAAAAGAAGGACGACACUGAAAGUAGCAGCGAAGAAGAGCAGAAGAAAGGUUUUUUGGGCCGAAGGCGUCGUAAAAGUGAUGGCAAAAAACGGAAACCCAAAACAGUGGGCGGGUUUGAUCACAUAGUACUACCUAAAACCCAACAGUACAAUGGCUACAAUCACCAUGAAGAUACUGGUAUCUUAUCAGACCCUUCCUGUGGUUUUUCAAAUUACAUUGGAAGAUCUUUACCUUUACCACCCCAAAACAACCAGCCCAACAGUACAAGCAACUCAUACACAAACCUAAAUCAUUCAGUAAUAAGUGUAACCUCCAUAGGUUCAGGAGAUAGUAUUUCGAAAAGAAAAGGCAAAGAACUUGUAAAAGCUAGAGCAGCUGCCAGAAGAACUACUUUAGCAAACGAGAGCAGCUCUGAUGAAGAUUCUUCUAUGAGAUCAAACUCUUCUUUACACAUACGCAGUGAUGAGAGCAUGACAAAACAUGAUUUGAAUAGGAGAUCCAGAGCUGCCAGGACUGAAAGAUAUCUUAAAAGACAUUCAAAAGAUGGCGAAAACCCUCAUAAUUAUCUCAGACUAUCCAAGUCGGAUGCUGAUGAAUAUAGAUCCCCAAGUCGCAGUCCUUUACCUCCUAAUAAUAAUAACUUAUCAGGCGUAAGUACUAUACCACCAAGCCAUACUAAAUACAGGAUAAGCAAUUCGACUAGCAAUCCUUCAUAUAAACCUCCACUUUCAAUGAACGAAUACAAUAAUGCCAUAAAUAAGGGCAGCAGUAUGGAAUUGAACAACCAAAGAAGCAUUUCUUGUGAUGCCAACAUUCACAAAGCUGAAGAAAAUAAUAUAAUGCAUGUCCAGUUUCCUAUUUUAAGACCACAAAAUCGAAGGAACAUUAUUGACUGUAGUAGGCAACCGCCUCAACCACCACCAAGAGAUCCAAAUAGGACAGUCGUGUCGCAUUACUUUGAAAAUGGCAGGCCCAGCACUGUUUAUUGCGACAAUAAUAAAUCAAAAUAUGCUCCUAUUGUAACUGCUAGGUUUCUACAACCAAAAUCAGGCUCGUUCAACUACAGAUCGAAUUCUGAAGUCCAUAUACCCAACGAUCAGUUUCAAAUAACUUCGCCUGUAAGGCCAGCGUCCACUACCCCUGAGCCCAAACCUAACAGAUUUAUUUUAAAAAAUCGAAAUGAAAGACACACAGUAGAUGGAUAUAAUUAUCUUACUGAUAAAAAACCUAGAAGCAGAAAACCCAUAGUAAUACAAAGCAACAUAAAAGUGGAGCCAAGAAAAGACUCUCCAACACAAAAAGCUUUAGAUUUUUGGAAGCAAAUCGAAGAUAGUGUUAGCAAAUCUUAUCCAAACAAAACACCGAAAACCUUCCCCAGCAAUAAACCUACUUCGAAAAGUCCUCAAAUAUUUACUAGUCAAACCCAUGUGCAAUCUCAAGUAUUUUUACCAAACACUAGAACUUCUAGUCCGUUUAAGCCCAUAUCAAUAAAUGACGCUCCAUCUGAAUCAAACUUAAGCAAUACCUCAAAGGACGAUGUUAAAAGGAAAUCCGCAAAUUUGGAAGAAGCGUUGAACGAGCUAGAAGCUAUUUAUAAUAGUCUACGUUUGGGAGAUGAAAAUUUAUUGGACAGAGCUGAACAAAGAGAGAACGAAUCUCUUGUCAGAGAGGCCGAAGCUAAGAAAAAGCAAACCUAUAUUGGUUACAGUCAUAGUAAGGGUGCUCUAAGCGACUCUAGUUUCAGCUAUGAGCCUUUUGAUCAGGUAGAUUCUCCCAAAAGGAAAAAAGUUGUUAAAAAAGGCAAAAUACCAGACACUAAAGAGGACGAUAUGUAUAAUAGAAAAUUGGUAAAAGAAAAAUCUGCCACUAUAAGCGAUCCUCAGUCGGUUUUGUCUAGAGUAAGUUACUUGUUAGCAUCUCCAGUUCACAGUAACGCUUACGAUAGUGAAACCGAAAAAAUCAAUAAAACCAGUAAUGAACCAGAUAUUACAUUUGAUGAUGUUCUGUUCCGCAAUGUUAAACGUGCCAUCGCUAGUCCAAAAACCGUGGAUCCUCAACCUCCAUUUGGAAUACCUCUUGGUCCAGUUUCUUCAGCUCCAAACAGUGACUAUCUUCAUGCCACACCUGGAGUUACUUACACUCCCGUUUUCAUACCAAAGAAAAUUCCUGAUAUCGUCAAAGACGAUUUGGCUUUUAGGAAUUUGCGUAAAGAUGCUAAUAAAGAGCCAGUUUUGCCUUUAGCUUCAGGGGAUGACGUUAAAAAUAUUAUUUAUCCCAAAGAAAAAUUGGAUUUGAAUUUUCUUAAAAAACGCAGAGCUGUACGUUCACUUUCAGCUAACGUUGGUAACAUUUUGGGCAGAGAUGUUAAGGAAAGUGAUGAUGAUGUUGAAAAUGAAUUUAGAAAUAAGACUUUGACUGAUAUUGCUGAUGCUAUGGAGAUUGCUAGGAGAGUGCUUCAAGAAAAAGGCAAAAAUAUUAGUGAUACUCGAAAAGCUUUUAUGAGUGAUACUGAUAUUAAAAGUAAUGGGGAUUGUUUUAAAGAUAGUCGUUUGAAAUUUCUUAAUGGUUUAAAAAGUAGAGAAGUUGUAGCUGAUAGGCCACCUAAAGGGUUGACGCCUGAAAGAAAAAUCGCCCCAACAAAAGAAUCUACACCAAUUCCAAAAUCAGCUUUGGAAGAAAAUAAUUCAACAAAUUCCUCUUUGGAUGAUUUGCUUAAUGCAUUGGCAGAAGAAGCUAAAGUUACGACAGACAGAAUCACGAAAGAGUUAAAGGAGCUGGAAGAAAAACGAGCCAGAGAAAAUGCUAGUGACAAUCUACAACCAUGUCAAAAACUACUUAAAGCUGUAGUAGAUAGUAAAGAUUUAGUGGAAUAUAGUAAAUCGCCUAGUGAGAUUGUUGAGGAAAUAGAAGUACACCCUCCACCAACACAGGCUGCUAAUAUUAUCCAAUCUUGCUUCAAACAAAGCUCUGAAGAACCACAAUUGGAAAGCGAGGAGCACGACUAUGAAAACAUAGAUUCAGAAGAAGACAAAAUAGAUAUAAAUUUAAUAGAGCAGGAAGUUGCAAGGGAGGAAUUCAAAAAGUGUCGAUCGCCGUUCGAAGAACGCAAAGCCGAAAUUGUAGCUUCGUUUCAAGAAUUAAAAGAUAGAAGCAAAACCGAUUCGAUCUACGAUAAUCUCGACGGUCAACAAGUGUCAGCUGAAGGUGAGCAUAGGUUUGACGCUUGCCGAAUUGAUUUUUCUAAUAUUAACACUCGUUCAAAUGCACGUUGCGAUUCCGAACACUCGAGCACCGACAGCGCCAGGCUAGAGUCACUUGAAAGCUUAAAAAGUCCUAAACUAGUGCUGGAAACUUCUAGAAGGUGCUCGGGUGCAGUUCCCAAAAGCUCCAACAUGGUACUGGAGUUGAAUAGGAGCACUAGCGAUAAUCGAUGUUGCCAGUUAGAGGAGCAAAAGGAGCUGUGGUACCAUGACCCUUCCAAGGUCGCUCUGGCCUGUUCUUAUGGCCUUGCAUGCGCUCAUCAGCUAGCUACCGUAGAUUUAGUUGCUGUUUUAAGCCUUUUAUUUGCUGUGAUGUCUUUUAUUGUUGCUAUAUUUUUGUAAUGCACCUAUUUGAGGGUUUGAUGUCCUACACACUUUCAAAUGGGUGAAUUAUGAUUUUUUUUUAUCAUUAUUUGACAUUUUUUUGUGUGUGUUUUUCACCUCAUUGUUAUAACAGCAUGAAUAUAGAUAUAGAUACAUAAUUCUGAUUGGAAGGAAAUACAAAAUUCAUGUUUGGAAUAUUUAAUAAGUGAAAUAAUGGUCAUUUUACUAAAUAGUUUUUUGUAUUUCUUUUUCCAAAAUUUCCAAAUGAGAAAAUCUUAGAAUUACAAGUUUUAUUAUGAAAAGACGUACUUAAAUACAAUAAAUUUGUUGUACUUCAAUGUACAGAUUGAUACUUUUCUCUAUGCUAUGGUAUUUUUUUUUUUGUAAAUAAUAUUAGUGGGAGUGACUGAAAGCCAAAUAAUAAUUUUUAAGAUGAAAACGAAACUAUAUUUUGUAUAUACAUAUAAUAUUUUUUAAAUAAAAGUUUUACAUUUUUAAUAUACAACGUACUGAUCUUAUUCACACAGGCUUCGUUAUUAUUGUUGUUACUUCAUAAUACCUUUAUUGUCCAGCAUUUUUAAACAAAAAUAACAAAUAGAUAUCUGGGAACAAGAUUUUUACAUUACCUCAUAGGCUUAUGUGAAUUGGAUUACAAUCAAUUGCUAAUUUUAUAAUAGUGAUUUGAAGUUUGAAAUUCUGGGUGGGAUUCAAAAUUCAUAUAUUGUAUCAAUACACAAUAAAUAAAAUUGCAGAACAGUUACAUUUAAUUAUUCGAUAUUGCUUAAUUCCGUUAGAAUGCUGAUCAUUUAUCUGCCAACAACAAACAAAGGUAAAAUAAUAUUUGCUUAUUUAUAGUAAACUGAUAUUGCAGUAUAACUGUUUCAUUUGAGAUGCAUAGUUAAUUCUUCAUGAUCAAGUGUAUAUUUAUUUCGCGUAUAUCCAUUGCUUAGUCAUGCACCAUCAUGUUAGGAAAAUUAUUAUUAUUGUGCUAAAACAUGUAAAAAAUUCCACAGCACCAAGCGUUUUAAAAAGUUGCAGAGUGUUCACAAAUAUGUAGUAUCUAAAAUCCCUGUUUGUAAACUUAGAUCCUUGUCAUUUUGGCGGCGGUAAAAACCUAGACUAGAGGGUCAGUUCAAUUAUCAGUUUAUCAGUUCAGUUCAGAAAUGUCAGAGUAUUUAUCUCAUUUGAACUUAGGGCAAAGAUAAUCCUACUCGGAGUAGGAUUAUCUUUGCUUAGGGUUAGGGUUUCAUCGUAUCGGAAGAUCUAUCUUCUUACUUUUUGUAGCUGAAAUCGUAUUUUUUAAAUUGGAAAUAAGCAAAUGCGUACAUUGCUGCAAAUUUUCCACCUUUUUGGCAUUUAGUGUAUAUUUUCUCCACCAGAGUGUAACGGGAAUAUUUAGAUGCAGGACAUUAUAUGGAAGGCCGUAUGGAAUUUAAACACUUAGAACACUAGGAUACGUCACCUCGAGGGAAUAAAACAUCAGAAUCAUUCCGGCUUCGGUUUUUCUUCCCCUAAAAUAAAUAAAUUAACAAAUAGUCCAAUAAUUCUUUUAAUCCUUGCAAUAUUAUUGUUAUUGGUUUUCUCUAAAUGUCAUUCACCUCUGCACAUCAGCUGUUUUAUUGACCCGUGGGUGCGAUCGUUUGGAGCAACAGUACAGUAACCAGAACCAGGUCAGGAGCGCAUUCAACCUCGUCAGAGCGAUCUCGGUACAGCGGUGCCGGUCGUCAUUUGUUCAGCUGUUCUGAGUUGUGUAGCGGUUUCAUUCGUGCACUUUUCUUGUGAAAUUUUGGUUGCGAGCACUCGGAGCGUCUAAUUGUGAUCGAGUGGCAUUGUUGCCGUUCUGCCGGAAAUGAGUUCCUCGUGGUAAUUUUUCUAGAAUUUUCUGGACGUGAUUUGACACAAAUUUUCGGAGGGGAUUUCCGGUCGCCAUGUUACCUGCUGGCCAGUCUUGGUAAGGGCAGUUCAGUUUAAGUUCAGCAGCAUUGUGGUGAGUGCAAGUACGUCUAAGGGCACAUCCAAUUUCAGAAGGCUUUGUCUGGAACCUAGGAACUUGGUUUCCCAUUGAGGAUUAAAGGAUCCGCCCUGGCUGGCGAAAAAGUUUCUCAUCGAUUUUUGGAAGAUUAGUUGGAGGAAUUUCGCACCCGUUUUGGGGAUAAAACGACUACUUCACCACCACCGACCACGUUGUGCUCCACCCAACACCUUGGUAGCACCCCUAACUGCUGCUGAACUGGCUCAUCUACAAGUCCUGGGAAUUAAUCACUGGUGAGCUUGAUAUUAUUUGUUUGAAUUUUUCUUUUUUUUUCCUAUUGGGAAAAGAGCUGUUGGAGCUCAUGCAUUUUUUUUUAUAUUAAGGAUUGGUUGAUUGGUUGUCCUAGAGGUUUGACCUCAGUUCCUGUCGUGCAUGUUUGCGGCCGAAUCCGUCCAUCACCGGCUCGUUGCAGGCUACAGAGGGCAGUCCAGGCCUUUCUAUAGGAAAACCCUCGCCAGAGGGUUUUUUGUACGGGUCUGAAUCAAAUUGCACCACUCUUUUGGGGGUUGGGGCCUAACCUUUGGCAUCAAGGCACUCCACCUCUCCAGCAAAGGGCUCACCACUUGCUA